CGCAGUCUGUUCAGGGUGCAUGCUGUUCGCUUUCAAAGCCUAUUGCAAUUAGAGAAACCGUUAGCGGACAGCAUGGAUCCAGACUAGACUUCACGGAUGCGUGCUGGUCGCAAAGCCACCAUGUUGGUUUUCACAUGGUGCGGUUCAUAUAUGUAAUCAAGUACGUUAUACGUUUAGGCUUGACGCUUGUGUUUAAAUUACUUAUUUGAACAGAUAACUUCAGACAUUGAAAUCGAUGACACUAAAGGAAAGACAAUGAAAGCUGUAGAUGUAUUUGGUGCCAUCAUUGGCUAUCUAAAAAAACAUUUGUUGGGGCAGUUGUUUCAUCCAUUAACUGGACUGACUGAAGAAGAUGUAUUUUGGAUUUUAACAGUUCCGGAUUCAUGGUCCCUCGGUGCCCAUCUUUUAAUGGAAGAGGCUGCGUAUAAUGUAUAAUUACAUAAACAUAUAUUUUACUUACAACAAAAAUGAAUUUCUAAUUUGUAACUAUAUUCGUAGCCGAUAGUUAACACAAACUACAAUCAAUAUAAUUAUACUUUAUCUCGUAUUAUAUCCAAAUACAGUCAAUAAUAUGUAUCAGGUUUCCUAUUUAAAAGGGAUCUUAAGAAUGGUAUUUCUUUUAUUGUUUCAAAGGCAGGCAUAAAUGAAGACAGUCUUUCAAUGAUAACCCAGUCAGUAGCUGCACUUACUUUCUGUCAAAGAAUGCAUAAAUCAGAGAUGGACGGGGUAUGCGGCGCCGACUCUACUGUUGGUAAUCAAGAAGACAAGUUCGUGGUCAUCAACGCAGGACAUGACGAUACGCACAUAUCAGUGUACAAGCGAAAUACAGAUGUAGGACAACUGGAGCUUCUUAACGCAACGGAAGGACCUUGGGGAGGAACCUUUGUUGAUGACCAAUUGUAUUCGAUGCUCUCAAUAAUUAUUGGACGUUCAGUGCACCAGAUGUUAGUAGACUUUGAUAGAACUGAUAUUUUGGAUUUUCAGCGUAAGUUAAAGACGAAAUGGAUGACAACUAGAACGUCUCACGAUCAGGAAAAAGUAAGAAUUGUUUUGUAUGACUGCAACUUUUCAAGUUGUAUCAUGAAAGGUAUUCUUCAAGCGACAAAGCCUAACAAAGGGACAAUCUUUUGGGCUGCAAGCAAAUUUGGAAUAAAAACAGAAACAUACGAAACCCUCUUUAAACCAUGCAUCGGUGAAAUAGUGCGUCACGUUAAGGACAUACUUUUACAACCAAAUAGUGUAGAGACAAAUACAUAUAUACUGGUUGGAGAAUUAUCAGAAUCACCUAUUUUUCAAGACGCCAUAAAGAAAGCGCUGCUGAACGGUAAAUUCAUUAUUCCGCUUAAUCCAAGUAAGGCAGUAUGUAGAGGAGCUGUACAGUUUGCUCACAAACCCUUAAGUGUCACUCCAACAUCUCCUAAGCAUGCCGAAUCGGUUAAAGAAACACUGACACAUAUAUUCCAUUGUGGCAUUAAUCCUUUUUUAUUUCUCUGACUUCAUUAGGAGGCUACAUGUACCUGUCAAUCCAAACUUGAAAACUAGAAAAUGAUUUAUAAAUGCGUCAACAUAUAAGAGCCGCACUGUAAAUACCUUUCGAAAUGUCGCAUUUAUCCUGUUUAAAAUGAUCGGUAUGUUGUUUGCCUUGAAAACCUAGAAUUGUGUGUUUUCUUUUUUAUACAUUUUGCGUGUAUUGCUUUAAAAUGAUUAAAAGUGUUAUCAUACUCGA